CCCUGGUCUCUUCAAGAGCGACAUUUGCUGCUAGAAGUUCAGACAGACAUUGUUUGGUAUUCAAACCAGGAUGAGAUGAGUUCGGAGGUGGUCUGAUGCGGAGGAGGGCUCCGGGCGACGCAGGUGGCCCUUGUGCCCCACCGUACUACUGAUAAAAGAUUGAUAACGGUGAUAAUUUUGAUUUUAUCAACCCUUGCUCAUAAGAAGUUUAGUACAGUGGAAUAGUGUGACCAAACAUGUCGUUUCCGACGUGAAUUUUGCCAACAUAUAAAGUAGGGUCGGUCAAAAUUUGCAUUUUCAGGUCCUUUCCCGGACAAGAAACAUGAGGCCAGAUUGGUGGCCUGGCGAGGAACAUGAAUUGUUCACGCAAUGGGCAAUAUCUCAGGGCAUCAUUGUGAAUGGGGUUGGCCCAGCAAAAUUCCCAGGGCGUGGUCUAGGAAUGCUAGCCAUGCGGAGUAUACAAGAGAACGAGGCGAUUGUGCGAGUCCCACGAAAAGUAAUGUUGACAGUAGACACAAUUCCAUCUUCAUUCGCUAGCAAAUUUGCCGAAGGAACGCCGGUACAUGCGCUUCUAGCGGCAUUUUUGUGUCAUGGCGAGCCAGAGGACCUGGAGCCGUAUGAACUUUGGAGAAAAACCUGGCCAACCCAGGACGAUUUUGAAGAUUGCAUGCCGAUUUUAUGGCCAGAGUCAUUGCGUGCUUGCUCCUCUUCUGGACCGGCCACUAUUCUACCACCGUCAAUAUCAGGUUGCUGGAAGAGUGUUCCAAAAGAGAAACUGAAGUUCGAAUAUGAGUCUUCCCACCAGAAGCUUCUCCCCCAGCAGGAACAACGACUGCGCAAGGCCUGGGAGAGCGUGGUUGCUGUUUUCCCUGAGACCAGCAAGGAAAUUUACUCCUAUUACUGGUUGAUUGUCAACACCAGGAGCUUCUUCUAUCUGAUGCCUGGCCAGGGGCCACCUGAAGAUCGGAACGAUGCUAUGGCGUUGCUUCCAUUCGCUGAUUACUUCAAUCAUUCCGAUGUGGCAUGUGAUGUUAAGUUUGAUGGCCAAGAAUACGUCUUUAGGGCUGUGAAAGCGUAUGAGCCAGGCGAGGAGAUUUUCAUGAGUUAUGGGCCUCAUCCAAAUGACUUUCUGUUCACCGAAUAUGGAUUUUACCUAGACCAGAACGAAUCCGAGACAUUAUACUUGGAUGAUAUAGUAUUUCAAGACCUCAGCGCGUCCAUUCAGGAAGAGCUGAACCUGCAGCAGUACUUCGGAAACUAUCAAGUCACAGCCACGGGAGUGUGUUACCGGACCGAAAUCGCGGCUUGCAUUAAAUAUAUGUCCCUCGAAGAUUGGCAAAACUACGUCCUCGGCUACUCUACCAGAGGAGUAGAUGAAAAGAAGUCGGAAGACAUUAUCCGAGAAUGGAUCCGUACAUAUAUAAAAGAGGCGGAUUUUGCUAUAGGGGAAUUGGGUAAUCUUGGAUCUAGCAAGAUAGGCCAGGAGCACCAGGGGAAGGUGCAAAUGUUGCUAAAGAGGUGGAAGCAAAUUAAGGGACUCUGUAAUAAAGCCUUGCAAGCCGUAGCAUGUUGAGCAUAAAUGCGUUAAUCACAUGUAAACGGUCAAGACCCCCUGUUCUUGGGGUCAUCUGUGAUGUCAAUAGGAAUAGCGCUGAGAUCCUUCUGCCGUGAUUCUCGUUGUUUUGCAAGCACAAGGUGUUUGAUCAUGUAGUUCGCCACGCAUUUUAUGCCGAGUUCCUCACCCCGUCGUAUAAUGUAUCCGUUUAGAAACUCGAUCUCUGUUGUUUUGUUGGAUCGCACGUCCUGCAGCAUGGAACUGUGGUUUUUGGCGGUUUUGUUUGCAAGCUGCGUUACCAUCCCGCGCAAACGCUCCGGAGAAAAGCGACCCUCGACCCCAGGUAUGCCUUGCAGCUCUGGUAAACUGCAGAUCACGCUGGAGACCUCAAAAAGAAGUAAUCUCAUCACG